UUCAUUUUUGGGCAUUUUGCAAUUUCUCACACAGAGAAAUGUAAAAGAAUUCCGACAGAAAUUGAAAAGGAAAAGAAAUGAUUCCGCGGCAAUGGACACCGCCCUGUAACAAUCAAUGCACUCACAAAUACGCUGCCCUUAUUCAAAUUCCUUGGAGAGUAUUCUGCAAAAAGGGGUGUGACUCUGAUGGUGACACGUGGGAGGACUGUUUAGGAGAGUGUGAUGAGAUAUGCUAUAAAGACCCAGUUCUAAAGGACCGACAAUGGAGUGCUUAUAUUGACCGUUCUCCUGGUGCUGCCAGCUACUCGGAGGAGUGCUUCCGUGCUUGUGUAGCUGGCUGUGGUUACAAGUUUGAUUUUCCAUCAGAGAAAGUUAAUCAAGUACAUUCAAAGAGACCAUCAAAUCCUCCCACCGUAGAGAAACCACCAACCCCACCUGCUGUUGAAUCCAGACCACCUUGUGACUCCGCUUCUGCUGAUGACAUACCUAGCAUUUCUGCAUAGUUAGCAAAAUCAUUGUCCGACUGUUCCGUCGGUUUGUCUUUGUAAGAAUUUCCUACCCAUAGCCUUAUCAUAUUCUUAGAUCAGUACCAUCUGGGGCCAUUUUUGCUUCUGUUCCAGAUGAGGUUCAAUAGCAUUAGGGUGUUUGCCUUUUUGGGACUUUUGAUGAUGACGACGAAAAAGUCGUAAGAGAUAACCGGGAUAAUCUAGCACAGCCAGUCUUUUCAUCUGAUGAAAGAUGAUUUUAACGAAUGUUAUAAAGAUUUCUCACGGAAUAUUGCUGUGCUGACUGAUUCAAUAAUUUAUUUACAAGUACGCCCCUGCCUACAAUUUACAUACCA